UGAGAAAGAAUCAAAUUUAUUUUUGGCUCACUGACAAAAACAUGGAUCGCUCAGCCACAAGAUCAUCACAUUCGUCAAGCUAUUUAUAGUUUGCUUAUUAUAAAACACUGACGCAGACGGGCUUAUGAGUGUGGAUUUUUCUCAAUUUUCACGCCAAAGUAGCGAGGGUGAGGCGCUAAAGGAUAUAUAUUUUGUCUUGAAUUUCCCGCCGUAGGAAUUUGCCACAAGAGGGACAUAUUUGUGAGGUUAGACUAGUUCCCGCGCUUUCUGACAGCCACAGUGUUUGUUGUGUUUGAGUUCCUGGAAAGUUUUGACGGAUUGCCAUGCCUCAGACGCGCAGCAGGAGAGCAAAGGCGUUGGUGAAGGAGGAGGAUGAGUCAGAGAGUAGUGGGAGUGUGAAGAAAUUCGAGUCGAGAACUCCGCGGAAGCUGAGGAGGCCUUUGGACAGUGAUGACGAUGAGGAGUCUUCGGGUCAGGCUAGUGAACAGUCAACACCGCCCAAGGUGGGCAAGUUCCAGAGGAAACCCACGAGUGUGGAUACACCAAAGAGAUUACUCGAGAAGAUUACCCUAGAGGAUGAUGAGGAAUCUUGUUCGUCGUCUUAUCAGAAGGCCAGAAAGAUGCUAAACGGUUCAGCUACAGAUAAUCUUCCCGGGAGGGAGAAGGAAAUUCAGGAACUAACACAAACUCUGCAGAAGGCUCGUGAAGAACAACAAUCAGUUAGUAUGUACAUCAGUGGCCCUCCGGGAACUGGCAAAACAGCCUCCCUGACAAAGAUUCUCUCUGAUGACGCAAUGUCGCGAGCCUUCAAGAAAGUGUAUGUUAAUUGCACUUCCAUCGCCUCUAUUGGAGCGGUGUAUAAAAGAAUCUACAGUGAAUUGGACAGUAAGAAGACACCGAAAUCCGAAAAGGACUCUCUCCAUGCCAUAGAAGAGGUGCUCAAGGGAAUGCGAGGAAAAAUGCUGCUUCUCGUGUUAGAUGAAAUUGAUCAGCUUGUGGGCAAUAAACAGGCUGUUCUCUAUACUAUCUUUGAGUGGCCAAGGAAAUUCCCCGACAAGCUAGUUCUCGUGGGCAUUGCCAACUCCCUGGAUCUCACAGAUCGCCUUCUGACACGCCUGCAGAGCCGCUGUGAGCUCCAGCCUCGGCUGAUGCACUUCGCAGCGUACACAAAACAGCAAAUUGCUGAGAUUCUCACUAGUCGUCUCGAGGCAGGAGGAGUUUCUAAGCUCUUCUCUGCAGCCACUGUCCAGCUUCUCGCCGGGAAAGUGGCCGCAAUCUCAGGAGAUGUGCGCCGGGCACUGGACAUUGGCCGGCGGAUUGUCGAGGUGGCUGAACAAAACGCCAAUUCGAAGAAGACUCUCUGCAUGGAUGACUUGGGAGUGGAUUUCUUGCCGGAAGACACCCCAAUCGCACCCAAGCAAGUUCUGGACGUUAUGAAUACUGUCUACAGCACUUCGCAAACCCUGAACGAGGAUCUGGACGAUGUUUUCCCGCUGCAGCAGAAAAUCCUCAUCUGCAGCAUUGUGCUGAUCCUGAAGAAUGACAAAAAUCGCGACAUCACCCUUGGGAGGCUCCACGAGGUUUACCGGCGCGUGUGUGAGAAGCUGACAAUCGUGGCUGUGGACAGGGCGGAAUUCAUGAGUCUCUGCUCCCUCGUGGAGACGCGCGGCAUUGUGCGGAUCCAGCGCAAGAAGGAAGUGAAGCUGCACAAGAUCACGCUGCAGUGGGACGAGCAGGACGUGACGAAUGCCCUCAAAGAUAAACAACUCAUUGCAACUAUUCUCAACUCGACGUCGUGCCUCAAGUGAGCGCGCGGCGGUCAGGACGUGGGCGUGAGGAUCCCAAAAUAGCAUCAAAAGUAUCAUGAAUGACGGCGACAUUUUAACAAUGUGUAUAUUUUAGAGUUUAAAGUCACAAUCUAUUAAUUUUAUAUUGCAAAAUCUCUGCACGCAUCCUUGGUACACUUUGAGCGGGAGCACAAAAUAAAUUUGUCCAUAGCCUGAAUUCUUCUCGUUUUAUACUUAGAGAGUGAAAUCUACAUGCUUUUGUCUGUGGUGCGCUUUCAAAGGGUCGAAUUCAGACAUUUCCAAGGAACAUUUAUAACUCGAAAUCAACAAAUAACCAACCGAUAGCGAGUAAUAUUUCCGAC